GCGUGACAAUCAUAUUAUUCUCCUCGACUGCUACUCGUAGACUGUUCAUCACCUGCGGUUGCCAUUACCUUAUCUCUACUUCAGUCGCAAUUCUCGAAGCACUCGACAAGUUUCACAAUAAUUUUGGGCUUCAGUUUAGUUUUAGAAUAAAAUGAAGCAUUUGUUGAUUUCUUUGUUUCUUCUGGCUCCCUGUCUCGGUUCCCUCCCGCAAUCCCCUGCCUUUAUGUUGAAACUGCUCGAAUUCGAGGAAUGGAACACCUUUAAGUUGCAAUACAGGAAGAGUUAUUCAAACAUUUUGGACGACAGGGACAGGGCGAAGAUAUGGAGAGACAAUAAAUUAUUCAUCGCUAAACACAAUGCUGCCUACUUCGCAAAAAAUUCAACUUCGUUCAAGGUUUCUGUGAAUGCACUCGCUGAUAUGACGAGGGAAGAAAUCAAGGCUAGUAGAAACGGAUUCAAACAGUUCCCAAAAGCCAAUUUAACUGGUUUGGAAAGGGGGGCAUCGUUCAUGAAGCCUGCGAAUGUCGAGUUUCCUGAUUAUGUCAAUUGGGUUGAUGAGGGGGCAGUGUCUCCGGUGAAGGAUCAGGGACAGUGUGGAUCCUGUUGGGCAUUUUCUGCGACCGGAAGUCUCGAAGGACAGCACUUCCGACGAACAGGAACCCUCGUCUCCCUGAGCGAGCAGAACCUCGUGGACUGCGCAAACUGGUGGUACCUCAACUUCGGAUGCAAGGGAGGUGAAGUCAACCACGCGUUCCGCUACGUGAAGAAGUACGGCCUCGACACUGAGGCCAGCUACCCGUACGAAGCGAAGAACGACAAGUGUCACUUCAGGAAGGAAACCAUCGGCACCACCGAGGUGUCCUGGGUGAAUAUUCGCCGUGGGAAUGAGGAAGACCUCAAGGCUGCUGUUGCCACUAUGGGCCCUGUCUCUGUGGCCAUUGACGCGUCAUUAAGUUCAUUCCACUUUUACAGUGAAGGGAUUUAUGACGAUCCUAAAUGCUCAACUAGUCUAGAUCACGCAGUGCUAAUAGUUGGAUAUGGAACUGAGGACGGGAAGGAUUAUUGGCUCGUCAAGAACAGUUGGGGUGUCGGCUGGGGGGAAAAGGGAUACAUCAAGAUCGCACGGAACAGGAAUAUGUGCGGAAUCGCCAACAGUGCCAGUUACCCCCUAGUUUAAUUAAUUAUGUGAUUUAUAAAUAUGCAUUUUCCCCAAAGAGAUGAUCUCAAUCUCAGACUCACAUUAAUUAGUGCACUUCAAUGAGUCAUCUUUCAUGUUCUGGAGGAAAUGAGAAGAAAAAAGAAAUUACGAUUUUGUCGUUUGAAAAACGGAAAUGUUUUACACUUUUCUAGAAGUGAGAGUGUCUGCUUUUCGACAGAAUAUUCAUGUUAAUUCCGUUGUACAGUAUAUUCAAGCAUAAAGAUAAACAUAUCUACUUUUUUAUACAACUUACGAAAAUAUUCCGAAUGUUUAAUAAAGAAAUAUUUUAUUAAAUCGCCAGAUUGUUAACGUUUCGAUAGAAAUUUCCGCAGAAAAUAUCUCAAUAGAAUUAUGUAUUGCAUAAAAAAAUAAAAUUUAUCUAUUUUUUCUGCGAUA